CCAAUCAAUCCCUGACAAAUUUAUGUGAUGGUGAUCCUCUCUCUCUCUCUCACUCACGGAUUCUCCACCCAGCUAUGCAUCAUAAAAUCCCACAAAAAGAUUCCUUCCUUCGUUUGUCCCUGCAACCUCUCUCUUCCUCUCUAGAUUGAUCGCAGACGCACGGAUACAGAGUAACAGAGUAAAUGCAGAGCGGCGUAGGCUGCAGAAGAAGCCUGGCAUAGCACAUACUUCAGACUGCAAAAUAAGCCCAACACGUACUGGGUUUUUGUGACAGUCCCAACGCCUUUGUCCCCACACACCAGGAUCCUUGGUCAACGACGAGCGUCCACCAAACUCUUAACUAGGAAACUUGGGGAAAGAAAAAUGCUUGACACCGUGAAAUACCUCAUAGGUUCCGUCGGAGCGAGCGGCUACGGCUCCAAGUCCACCGCCGAGCAAGUCACUAAGAGCAGCUCCGAUCUGCGCUCCGUCACGGCCAUUAUCACAGGCGCUACGUCAGGGAUCGGUGCCGAGACGGCUCGUGCUCUGGCCAAGGGAGGGGCGAGGCUGGUCCUCCCGGCUCGAAACCUCAAGGCUGCUGAGGAAGCCAAGGCUCGUAUUGUGUCGGAGUGUCCCGAGUCGGAGAUUGUUGUCAUGCCGCUCGAUCUUAGCUCUCUUGGUUCUGUCCGAAACUUCGUCUCCGAGUUCGAGUCCCUCGAUUUGCCUCUGAAUCUCCUCAUAAACAACGCCGGCAAGUUUGCUCACGAGCAUGCAAUUUCUGAAGACGGAAUCGAAAUGACUUUUGCCACUAAUUAUUUAGGUCAUUUUCUGUUGACGAAGCUGUUGCUGAACAGAAUGAUUGAGACGGCGAAAAACACCGGCGUUCAAGGCCGGAUAGUGAACGUGUCCUCGGGCAUUCACGGCUGGUUUUCCGGUGACAUGAUCGGAUAUCUUGGUCUGAUAACACGAAACAAGAGCCAUUACGACGCGACACGUGCUUACGCGCUCUCGAAGCUCGCCAACGUUUUGCACACCAAGGAACUUGCUCGGAGACUGAAGCAAAUGGAGGCCAACGUGACUGCGAAUUGUGUUCAUCCGGGAAUAGUGAGAACCGGACUCACUAGAGAACGCGAAGGCCUAGUCACAGAUUUGGCUUUCUUCUUCGCUUCCAAGCUCUUGAAGACAAUUCCUCAGGCUGCUGCUACGACUUGUUACGUGGCGACUCAUCCGAGACUUUUGAAUGUGUCCGGGAAGUACUUUGCCGACUGCAAUGAAGCUUCAACAUCGAAACUGGGAUACAACUCAGCCGAAGCGGCACGGCUAUGGUCUGCUUCCGAGAUCAUGGUUUCUAAAGACCCUAAAUUAGUUUUUGAUCCACUCAACGCCCUAGUUUAAAAGCAUAUAUAAUAUAUAUAUAUAAGAGUAGAGCAAAGAUAAGUAAGGAAAAAGAGAGAGAGAGAGAGACAGAGACAGAGAAAGGAAAAUACACACUAGAAUCUAGAUCAAGAAAUAUAUGUUGUAGACAGCUGUGUAAGGUAUAGAUAAUUAGACACGAUCUUUCAUUUGUAUGUAUAAAGAUAUAUAUGUAUAUA